AUGGUAAGCAAUCACCGCAUGGACACCCGCAACAACAGAGGAGUUACGAGUGUGUUGCCAACCUUUUGGGGAUUAGGGAUUGAGGAGGAAUUGGGCUCUGACGCCAGUCCAGUUUGUUCAAGGAAGAAGCUUGUUAUAGAUCAUGAUGGCGGAGCUGAUGAUGCUUUUGCAAUUACAAUCAGCUUGCUUAACGAGGAAUAUUUUAAUGGGCCAGAGCUGAUCGCCUUGACAACGACAUUUGGAAAUGUGAAUCUUACUCAAGCAAAUAUAAAUAGCGACCGGAUUCUGCGAGUUAGUCAGAGAAGAGAUAUACCAAUAUACUCAGGUGCUAACAAGGCUUUUAUAGAGAAUAUGGGAACCGACGGCUUUUUUGGAGUGGACGGGCUAGGGGACACCUCCUACCAACCUCCGAAUUCAAUAGACAUUGAAAAACAACCAGCCGCUGUAGCCCUUAUAGAACUAUCGAAAAAAUAUGAAGGAGAACUGAUAGUGGUAGCUAUUGGUCCAGUUACCAACAUAGCUUUGGCUGUGAAAUUGGAUCCCCAGUUCAUUAACCGACUAUCACAAUUAUACGUUGGUGGUGGUCACAUCUACAGUGAAGAAUAUCCAAAAGCUGAAUUCAACGUGGCUAUGGACCCUGAGGCCUACCACAUUGUUGUAGACAAUGCUACAACAGACAAAGUGACAAUAAUACCAUUCUCUCAAGUUAAAGAGUCGCUAAAAAUCCCUAUCGAUUGGCGUUUGGACGUUUUAGGUGCAAUUAACACACCAAUCAUGAAAGCUUUGAACCUGUAUGAACAAGUUGCUCUUCCCAAAGAAAAAGUCUGGAACCUUCUGGACCCAGCUGUUGCAGCAAUUGCUCUGUAUAAUGAAAUCGUGGACGAGUUUAAAAAUACAAACAACACUAUUAUCUUAGAAGGUGCAAAACGUGGUAUCAACACAAAUGAUUUCUCUUCAUCAGAUCCUAAUGCAAGAGUGGUUUACAAAGGAAACGUUGAAUACUACAAAAAGUUCCUAUUAGACGUGUACUCGGCUGAAUUAAAUCCUUAAUUUGAAAGGGAUAAGGUUGAAAAUAUCAUAGAUGAAUGAAGAAAAAAUGACGAGGAGAAAAACAUUGUUUUUCUAAUGCUUAUUGUUGUAAAU